AUGUUCCACACCGAUAUUAUAAGCUCCACGACUGAGAACCUUUCCUCUCUUAUUUCAAACUGUGUUACGGCGAAAAGCUUGAAGCAUGCCAAAGCCUUGCACUCUCAUCUCAUCAAAACCGCCCUUUUCUUUGACGUUUUUCUCGCCAAUGGACUCAUCGAUUUGUAUUCCAAAUGUGGCUGCUUAGAGAGUACCCACAAAGCCUUUGAUGAUCUUCCCAACAAGACAACACGUUCGUGGAACACACUGCUCUCUCUUUACUGCAAAAGAGGAGUUUUCAACGAAGCUCAUAAACUGUUUGAUAAAAUGCCGCAGAAAAACCUCGUCAGCUAUAACUCAUUUAUAUCCGGUUUAACACGUCAUGGGUCUUACGAAGAAGCGGUUAAACUCUUUAGGGUGAUGCAAAAGGGUUGUGGAGGUUUCAUGUUAGAUGAGUUCACGCUUGGUAGCAUAGUGGGUUGCUAUUCUUGUUUGGGUAAUGUUAAAUGGUUGCGACAGGUUCAUGGGAUGGCAGUUAUACUUGGAUUUCACUCCAAUGUGAUUCUCAAUAAUGCUUUGAUUGAUGGUUAUGGGAAAUGUGGGGAACCCGAUGCUUCGUUUCAUUUGUUUAGUUCGAUGUUUGAGAAAGAUGUUGUGUCUUGGACAUCGAUGGUUGUUGCAUACACUCGAGCAUCCAUAAUAGACGAUGCGUAUAAGGUGUUUGAUGAAAUGCCAAUUAAGAACACGGUUUCUUGGACUGCGUUGAUCACGGGUUUUGCAAAAAAUGGACGUUGUUAUGAAGCUUUGGAAGCUUUUCGCGGAAUGAUUGAAGAAGGGGUAAUGCCUAGUGCAGAAACUUUUGUAAGUAUUUUAGAUGCUUGUGCAAGCAAAGCUCUUAUAGGAAAAGGUAAACAGGUUCAUUGUCAAAUUAUUAGAGGUAGAAAUAGUGGAAACUUGUUUAAUGUGUAUGUAUGUAAUGCUUUGAUUGACAUGUAUGCAAAGUAUAAUUCCAUAGGAGUUCCAAACACAGUAUAG